AUGAUGCUCUCUGAAAAGAAAAACCAAUUGGGCCAAACAGAAAUUGAUUUUUUAGGGAUGCAUUUCUCCCAAGGGAAAUAUCAACCCCAACCUCAUAUUGCUCGAGAGUUGCUAAACUUUCUAGAUGAAAAUCUUAAGAUCAAGCAAAUUCAACAAUUUCUUGGUAUUAUCACUUAUAUCAAAGAUUUUCUACUAAGACCUACAAAGUAUACCAACCCUGUGUCCCAAUUACUCAAGAAAAAGCCACCACCAUGGGGGACAAAGCAAGCUGAAGUUGUUAAGGCUUUAAAAAAGAUCACACAAACUCCUCAUGCCCUGAAAAUCCCUGAGAAUGGCAAAAGAAUUCUGCAGACCGGUGCCAAUGAUCACUAUUGGGGAGCAGUCUUGGUAGAAGAACUUGAAGGAAAAAAUAACUAUUGUAGUCAUGCGAGUGGCCAAUUUACAGAAGCUGAAAAACACUAUCACACCACCUACAAGGAAGCUCUCACCGUAAAAAUGGGAAUCCAAAAGUUUAACUUCCACUUAAGAGGUUACCAGUUUUUAGUCCAGAUGGAUAAUUCCUCUUUUCCCAAGAUCCUCAAAUUCAAAAAUAAGAUGCCAUCAGAUCCUUAA